AUGAACGGCAUGCAGCGCUUCCUCAGCCGCCGCGAGAAGCACCAGGCCGAGAAGCGCAAGUCCAAGGAAGCUGCCCGCAAUAAAGUACGCUCCAUCUCUGCCAAUUCUUUUAUUCCUCUGCUCUGGCACAGCGACUCGAGACUGGAGGUGGGCUGGCGAGGACCGUCUCGAGACUGGCACUGCCGGCCUCGCCAACCCACGUCUGGUCUCGAGUCGGUGUAUCACAAGCUGCCCGCUGCGCUGCGAAGCUCAGUCGAGGAUCGUCUGCUAUUCUUACAUGCACCGUGUCGCGCAACCUCUACACCAGACUAUGCCAAACUGUCUACCAUGGACUCGUCUGACCAUGUGCGCGAACAGAGAAAGUCUGGCCAGCCAGCAUCCUCGGACCUCUACAAGAUCUUCACCAACGAAGACGCGAAGACGACCGUCGACAGAGAUGCGGCCAAGAACGUCACAAUGCUGCUCUCGCGGCUGCAGAGCGUGGGAAUCACAAGCAUGGGGACAGAGCAGGCCGAGCACGCACUGGCAUGGUACCCCGACGACAUCGACCAAGCCUACGACGUCCUGGUGCUCGCCAACGAAUCCAUCGAGGGGGAGCUGAAGGACUAUGACCCCAAUGUCAAGAUGGUGGGCGCAAUCAACAGGAACAUGGUGACAUGCUAUCUGGACGCUCUGCUCUUCGCCAUGUUUGCGCGCCUGGACGCGUUUGAAGCCAUGCUGUUUGACAACUUCGACGACGAGCCAAGGAAGAAGCUCGCAGCUACUCUGCGACUCUGGGUCAACCUGCUCAGGACGGGACGACUUGUCAAGGUCGAGCUCACAAAGCACCUGCAGGACGCCUUGGCGGAAUGUGGCUGGGAGGACGCCGCCAGAGUCUGUCAGCAAGAUGCCUCCGAGGCCUUCACUUUUAUCACGGGCGCCCUCGAACUGCCGCUCCUUACCUUGAAGAUGGACAUCUACCACACCGGCCGAGAAGACAAGGAAGACGAUCACAAGUUUGUCAACGAACGAUUGCUAGAGGUGGCCAUUCCUGAGCAGGAAGGCGAGGGCAUCAUCACACUGGAAGACUGCUUGGAAACAUACUUCAACAACCGCAUCGAAGUCAAGCGGUUCCUGCAGAGACAGAACACGAUAGGAUCUGUUAGGUCCGCAACCCAGGACACAGUCGACCGAGACCCGGAGAAGAAUGAGACGAUCCACGUCGAGAGCCUCGAGCUCCUGGGGCCAGAGUCGCCCAUGGUGUCGACUCCCGUUUCGAUGGCACCAUCGACUCCUCUCUCAGCAGUCAGGCCACUCCUCGAUGGGCGCCGACGCGCAGACAGCAUCUUCAGCCAAAGAUUUAAGAAUGCCGAGGACAAGAAGUUUGACGAGAAGAAGCACCUGGACGAUAUGCUCAACAACAGCUCGGAUGGGCGGCCACGUUCGGCGUCACUUCUUAGAAAGGAGGUUCUGAUGCCGGCGUGGCAGUUCUUCAGUCUUAUUCCAUGGUACACGGACAACGUCCCCAAGACCGACGCUCAGGUCGCCGCACACUUUUCGGCUCGCCGCCCCGUCCUCGGCAUCUGCCUCAAGCGCUACUCCAUGACUAUGUAUGGCGCGCCGAAACGUCUAAACACCUACGUCGAUAUCCCACUCGAAAUAGCCCUCCCGCAUUUCGUCUCAGACGACAGGAUCGCAGAAGAAGGGCCGCUCUUUGGCAACUUCAAGCUGGUGCUGCAGUCUGUCGUCUGCCACCGCGGGGUCUCGGUGGACUCGGGACACUACAUUUCGCUCAUUCGUGCGAACGAGCACAGGCCACCAGGUACCUCUCAAUCGGAGGAAGACGACGACACAUGGCCAUGGCUCCGGUUCGACGAUCUCUCGAACCCCAGGGUUACUGAUGUCGACAUCAAGAAGGCUCUAAGGGAAGAGUCGCCGUAUCUCUUGUUCUACCAGGUCCAGCCAAUCGACGAUGAACUAGCGUCGAGAGGCGAUCCUCCAACCUACACCGAAGCGCAGAAUGAAGUCAUGUCUGCGGUGCCGUCUUGGGAGACGCUCAAUUCGAUGCCAGAGGGGGGUGUCACGGACGCUGAAAGCGGUGGUGAAUGGGAUAAGGUGAAGCCGGCGGAUGUGCACCCCGAGUCAGUCGUCUCGGACGAUCCAAUUGGUCGCGCCAGUAUGUCCAGCAAUCGACGCAGCAGCGUGGCCUUUGACGACAUCGAGAGCUUUUCGCGCGGACGGACUGAGCCCCACACGCCAUCCGACGAGUACAGGGCUGGAUUCCUGUCUGCAUCACGACGCGGAUCGCGGACAUGGUUAGGCACCAAGAGCCGACCGACCAGCCAAACCGGCGAAGGACGGCUGUCUCUGACCUUAUCGAGGCUGACUGGCCGCGGCAGUAAAGACAAGCUCGCCAUCACCGAAGGCGGAGCGGCCGAGGACCCAAUCAUCGUCAUCAACGCCGUCGAAAGCCAGGAGCACUCGCCCCCCGAGUCUGGCAGCCCGGCCAAGGAGCACAGAGAGCCGACCGCCUCGCCGAAGAAGAGCAGUAAGAAAAAAGACCACCACAGAAGCAAGAGCAGGGACGUCAGUGAGCUCGCGGAGAAGAAGCUCAAGGACAAGAACAGGCCCGACCGCGAGUGCGCUGUCAUGUGA